CAGCCAAUCACAGAAGCCGCGUUUGGAAAGUCAGAGGACUCCACGUGAGUUGUCAGGAAAAGAGCGAGAACGAUUUAAGCGGAUCAGUGAAACAUACCGAGCGUGGGAAAGUACCUGCCGCUGCUAUGCUGCGCAGAGAGGCCCGUCUCCGGCGGGAGUAUUUGUACAAGAAGGCAAAGGAGGCGAAGUUGCACAGCAUCGAGGAUAAAAAGCAGCGGCUAAAGAAAGCAUUAGAAGAAAACCGACUUAUUCCCACCGAGAUCCGAAAAGAAGCGUUGACCUUGCAGAAGCAGAUUGAGUUUGAUGACGAAGGAGGUGAAGGUGUCUCCUCCUAUGUGGAUGAUGAAUACAGGUGGGCAGGUGUAGAAGAUCCGAAAAUAAUGAUAACAACAUCAAGGGACCCCAGCUCACGUCUUAAAAUGUUUGCCAAGGAAAUGAAGCUGGUGUUCCCUAACGGUCAGCGCAUGAACAGAGGAAAGCAUGAGGUCGGUGCGCUAGUGCAGGCGUGCAAGGCAAAUGAUGUCACAGAUCUCAUCAUUGUGCAUGAACAUAGAGGCAUGCCAGAUGGGCUAAUUGUGUGUCACCUUCCGUUUGGACCUACCGCAUAUUUUACACUUUGCAAUGUUGUUAUGCGACACGACAUCCCCGAUUUGGGCACUAUGUCUGAAGCUUAUCCACAUCUCAUCUUUCACAAUUUCUCUUCACGGCUAGGCCAGAGGGUCUCAAAUAUUAUGAAAUAUUUGUUCCCAGUACCCAAAGACGAGAGCAGACGGGUGAUCACAUUUGCUAAUCAGGAUGACUAUAUCUCCUUCAGGCACCAUGUUUACAAAAAGACAGAUCACCGAAAUAUCGAGCUGUCUGAAGUAGGACCCCGUUUUGAAAUGAAAUUGUACAUGAUAAAGCUGGGCACGCUGGAGAACGAGAAUACAGCAGAGGUAGAAUGGCGCUGGCAUCCGUAUACUAACACGGCAAAGAAGAGGAAAUUUCUCAGUGUUGAAUAAUGUUUUUUUUGUAAUGUGUAAAUAAAGUUUUCUUUUCUAAACUAA